AUGACGAUCACACGACACUUCACCUGCACUCUCCUCUUCCUCUUGGGCUUGGUGCUCGCCUCACUAUGUAUGGAAGCUUCGGCCGGCUUCGCCUCAGGCUCACCUUCUUAUGAGAAUGAUGGACUUCGACUCGACGAGUUGAUCGAAGAGGAAGACGAGUGGGUGGUGGCCCCACCCAUCGACGACGAUGGUGGCCACGAACAGCAGCUGCACGACCAGAUGGCGAAGCGAUCGGGCAGAGCGCAGCAGAUGCGACUGGAGGACCUGUGGGAGAGGCACUUCUGGCGAACGGUGGCCGGCGUGGCGGUCGAGGUGGUGAUGCUGGCGGUCAUUCUGGGCGUGUGCAUGGGCGUGAGCUCCAAGAUCGGAGCUCUGUUCCUCUUCGUGGUGUUCGCGCUCCACGUGCUGUUCUUCUUCUUCGUCCUCCUCCGCGUUCGCAUCACCGACCCCGUCAGCGACCUCGGCAAGGCCUGGGGCGACGUCUACUGA